AUGUGCCUGCGCAUGUGUCCACCUGGGCCCAUUUUGCCGACAAGCCAGAGAAAAGCAUGGGCCCUAGCCGAAAGUGGACGGCAAGCUGUCGUUCUGGUAUUCUCUCGCAGUGGGCGUCCCGGUCAAGAACAACUUUGUCCUGCCCGGCGAGAUGGCUGUGAAGAGAGAUCAGAGGGCAGCGAGAACUUUGAGACGCCCAAGUGGAGAAGACGCCCGGCGGAACGGCUACGCAGUCGGUCUGCUGCCAAAGCCGGGGUGGAGGCAGGGGGCGCUGGGUGGGCAAGCCAGAGUGGGAAUAGCGCGCGUAGGCGUUCGGCUCAUGUGCCUCUCGGCUGGCCUGGCUUCUGCGUUCGUGUCGCCCUUGAGGCUCGUGUAGGCCUAAAAUCCGUUGCUCUUAGCCUGGCACACGUCUCUUGCUUCUUCCGAAUGUUCACUUGCACGUCUGUCCGUAUGUCCGUCUGUGCCCGUCCCUCGGUCUGUUACCGCGCUCUCUUGCCUGCGCCUCAACGCCCGGGCAAAUCGAUUGCCAACACGGGCAGGUGUUGGCUGCGCGUCGACCAGCUUGCCUGCCUGCUCUUCAGGCCUCUGGGCCUAUACUGCACGAAUGGCCGAGGCCUGUGCAUGCCUUCAUGUGUGUGGAGAGUGCGCUUCUGUGCCCGCAUCGGUCUGGGACAGUCUGGGAGACCAGGCCGCAAAAGCCCAUUUGCAGAAGGCUUCAUCCGAGCCCGACUGCCGAAAGAAAUAGCCACUUCUUUGAGCAGGCUCAGCCGACCUGUCUGCAAUCCACUACGUGGUCUUCGAAACUACUUUUGUUGUGCGCGCGCGCCACUGUACCACUCUGUCCCCUCGGCGCGCAUGUCUCGUCGACUGGACUCGGGUAUCAAUGGAGCCUAUCGAUUUGGGAUAACAAGCAAUCGAAUCGCCGUUCCAGCCAAUCCGACCCAGUACAUUGGGCAUCUUACCGUCAGACGACAGCGAAAGCAAGAGCCGACUGUACGGCCAGCCAGACAGCGGGUCAACCAACCGGGCAGCCAUUCUCUCAACCUAUCGCCCAGCCAGCCAGCCAGCCAACCAACCAACCAACCAACCAACCAGCCAGCCAAGUUUGAAUCAGCCUUGUCCGUGCUCGAGGUGGUUUCCCGGCUCGACCGCGGUCCCUCGCUCUGGAAAUCUACUUCACUCACCCACCGUCUAUGGGGACCGUUUGAGCAGGAGCUCGACAGCCUGACUCGUCUUCUUCUCAUCCUCCGUCUGAAAGCGCCAAGCAUGCCUCAAUGCUGUUUUGCUGGAUGCCACAACCGAACGGAUGACGGUCGUGGACUCAGCUUUUUCCGUUUUCCACGACGUGAUGCCGCCAGGACAGUCGCCUGGGUGGCCGCCUGCGGCCGCAAAGAGUUCACCCCUUCGCAGCACUCCCGAGUCUGUUCACGUCACUUUUCGACAGACGAAUUUGAGCGUGACUACCGAAGCGACUUGGCGAACGGGCCGCCACGCCGUCUCAGGCUAAAAGACACGGCUGUGCCAUCAAAGUCCCCGGUCAUCAAACCGUGGCCUGAGCUAGAGCAUCGACAGGCAGCCAAGGAGAGAGAACGAGCUCAUCGAGCUAAAGAGCAGUUGGCUGGACAAAUCAUCACUCAGGCUGCGAUAAAUCCAUCUACGCCGUCGCCACCUUCUCCUCCGCCUCCGCCUCCGCCGCCUUCACUGCCGCCGCCUCCACUGCCGCCGCCGCCGCCACCGCCGCCUCCGUUACCACCAUUAACAAUAAAAGCAACAACAACAACAUUAUCACAAUCAACCCCUCCUUCCCCUCUUUCUCAUACCCCCUCUUCCCCUCAAUCUCCUAUUCCUCCUCCUGCUCCAUCUCUAACACCUCCUUUCUCGAGGAAGAGUUAUGCUGUCGAACGUGAAUUCGUCCUUAAUAAUACAAAAGACAUCACAAAGACGGAUUUAUCACCACACACGGAUGAGGAGCAAUCGGAGUCGGGUGAAGGUAGGCUCAUUGUAACCUGGAUGGUAUCCUCUUUCCCAGGACCCCAGGGAAAUUGGGUCAGGGUCUUGGUUGAGGAUGCUCUUUUUUGUCGGUAUUCUUCUCUCCUCAAGCAUAACCAAGUGAUAAUAAAUAUAGUCAGCCUAAGUCGCUUAAAGCGAUGGAAUAAGAUAUAUGCUUUUUAUUUUCCACAAUGA